CUCUCGCUCUUCCACCCCCUCUGAUGGCGGUCAAAUCUAGGGUUUGGAUCUCUUCGAUUUUUCUCGCUUUAUUCGUUUUUUCUCCGGUUUCUUCAGUUAGGGUAGAGGAGGGGGCCGAAGCUAAGCAGGAGGAUUCGUCGGUUCUCACGCUCGACGCGUCGAACUUCGACGAGGCGAUCGCUAAGCAUCCCUUCGUCGUCGUUGAAUUCUACGCCCCUUGGUGUGGACACUGUAAGAAUCUGGCUCCUGAGUAUGAGAAAGCUGCAUCAGUGCUGAGUAAGCAUGACCCUCCAGUUGUUCUUGCUAAAGUUGAUGCUAAUGACGAAGUCAAUAGAGAGCUUGCCACUAAGUAUGAAGUGAGCGGCUUCCCCACACUAAAGAUCUUUAGGAAUGAGGGAAAGAACAUCCAAGAGUACAAAGGUCCUAGGGAUGCUGAUGGCAUAGUUGAAUACUUGAAGAAGCAAGUUGGUCCUGCUUCUGCUGAGGUCAAAUCCUCGGAUGAUGUUGCGAACCUCAUCAAUGAUAAGAAAGUUAUUAUUGUGGGGAUUUUCCCUGAAUUUUCUGGUCAGGAGUUUGAGAACUUCAUGUCAGUUGCAGAUAAAUUGCGUUCUGAAUAUGAGUUCAUCCAUUUAUCGGAUGCUAAGCUCCUUCCUCACGGGGAUUCAUCUGUUAAGGGACCCGUAGUUAGAUUACUCAAGCCCUUUGAUGAACUUUCUGUUGAUUCUCAGGAUUUUAAUGUGGAAGCAUUAGAAAACUUCAUUGAAGUUGCUAGUGUGCCUAUUAUCACAACUUUUAACAAGGAUCCCGCCAACCACCCUUUUGUCAUUAAAUUCUUCAACAGCGACAAUUCCAAAGCUAUGCUAUUUGUGAACUUCAGCAGUGAGCAAUUUGAUGCCCUGAAGUCUAAGUACCACGAAGUUGCCUCGGCCUUCAAAGGCAAAGGCAUAAGCUUUCUGAUUGGUGAUCUUGAUGCCAGUCAAGGUGCUUUCCAGUAUUUCGGCCUUAAAGAAGAUGACGCGCCUCUUGUCCUCAUACAAGAACAUGAUGGGACAAAAUAUUUUAAACCAACUGUGGAACCUGAUCAGAUUGUCGCUUGGUUGAAUGAUUACCAGGAGGGCCGCUUGAAACCGUUCAGAAAAUCUGAACCAAUUCCUGAGGUUAAUAAUGAACCUGUCAAGGUGGUUGUUGCUGACAAUCUGCAUGAUGUGGUUAACUCUGGGAAAAAUGUUCUACUUGAGUUUUAUGCACCUUGGUGUGGACACUGUAAGAAGCUGGCUCCAAUCUUGGAUGAAGUAGCUGUCUCGUUUGAGAAGGAUACUGAUGUGGUCAUUGCAAAGAUGGAUGCUACUGCAAAUGAUAUCCCAGGUGAUUUCGAUGUUAAAGGAUAUCCAACUAUCUACUUCUCUUCCGCUAGUGGAAAGGUUAUGCAAUAUGAAGGAGGUAGAACAGCGGAGGACAUCAUUAAUUACAUAACGGAGAACAAGGACUCCGCUGCUUCAUCAGAAGCGCCAGUUCAGUCCGAACAAGAAAAAGAAUUGAAAGAUGAACUGUGAUCGAGAAAUAUAAGGGAACUUUGGGGAGGAUAUGAAGCAGCUUUUGAGGUUGAUCUUCCAAUUUUCUCGCAUAUCCUCGGCACUCUACGAUGUGUAUCUUAGUGUAUUGUAACAUUUUAAAAUAGAUUUGGAACCGGGAGCAGCGAUCCUCCCAUUCUAGAGACUUUCGUCCUUAUCAUAAUAAAGUUUCAUGAGCAGUAGCACUUUCGUUGAGUUCGAUCGUCAGUGCAGCUGCAUGUGAUAUCCGAAUUUUGAAGUUGCAUUCUCA